GCCGGCUCCAUAAUGUAAACUUCCGGUUUAGGAAUUAUUAUUGUAUGAAAAAUAUUAAAGAAGACAAAAACAUGCAGAAGUUAUUGGCUUAGUUAUCCUUAUGAUUAUAUUAACAAUGACCUGAAUAUUAUAUUCCAUACAAUUCUAACAAGCCUCUCAUCAAUAAUCCACUGAAUUAAAAAUGUCAGAAUAUUGGAAAUCAAACCCUAGGAAAUUCUGUGAUUUUUGUAAAUGUUGGAUUUCUGAUAAUAAACCAAGUAUCGAGUUUCAUGAAAGAGGCAAAAGACACAAGGAGAAUGUACAAAACAAAAUAACAGCGGUUAGGAAAAGCAGUGAAAAGAAAGCAAAAGAAAAAUCUGAACUUGAAAAUGAUUUACAGCAAAUGGAAAAGGCAGCACUUGAGGCUUUCAAGCAAGAUUUACAGAAUAAUCCAGCCUUAGCAGACCAGUAUAGAGCUAAAGCACAAGCAGCAAGAGAAGCCCAAGCAGCAGAAGAGAAAAAGAAUUCUAAACCUCUAAAGAAAGAGAAAUCAGUAGAAUUAAUUAGUCAACAAGAUAUUGAUACAGAGGGUGUUUGGUAUGAAGCUGUUUCAGAUGAAGGAUAUCCUUAUUAUUGGAAUUCAAUAACUAAUCAGCCAGUGUGGGAAGCUCCGGAAAAAUAUGUUUCUAUUUCUGAACAGGAGAAAGAACAGGUGGAGGAGAGAGUAACACCAGAGAAAGAAGAUACACCUUUAAAUACUGGUGAUAUUCCUUUGCCAGAAGAAGAACCCCUGCCACCAGGUACUGAAGAUGAUGUUCCUGAAAGUGAAGAGAUAGUGGAUAUACCAGUACAAUUACAUGAAGAUCCACACAGUGCUAGAUCUUUUUAUGGUGGUUGGCAGACUGUUACAGUAGCAGAAGUUCCUGUUCCACCAGAAGAAUUACUAGUCGAAGAUAUUCCUCUGCCUGAACCACCCACUGAAGAUAAACCCAAAAAACAAAAGUUUCGUGAAAAGACAGUUACCUCCCUUAGCUCAAAGCCAGGCGAGGUUGUAGGCUUUAAAAAACGUAAAAUUGCUUCUGGAGCAAGAAACACAAGACGAAGGGAUGAUGAUGAUUGAUAAUUUGUUCGGUUUAUUCGUUGAGUCAACAAUUUUUUUACAUAAGUGUAAAGAGGAAGAGAAAUUUAUAAACAGUAUGUGACCAUUUGGUUACUCAGCUUGUAUUAUAAAAUAGAAACUUUUAUACAUAUGGAUGCCCCAAGUGUAUAUAAUACAUUAAUACAUGGUAUUCAAGUCUUUCAUUUGAUUGAUUUGUUUUUAGGUUUUAAAAAUAAGUAAUAAAAAAAAAGAAUGGGUAAAACCUGCAACAAAACUCCACAUACAAAGGUAUACAAAUUAUGUUUUGUUUUUCUUUUUUUUUGUCUUGAAUCAAGACAGAUCAAGGAAAUUUAAACAUCUAGCAGAAUGUUGUACCAAACAUAUCUUUUACAUUGAUAAACAUUUCAUCUACUUGUAAUAUUUUACAAAUAGGUCAUUAAAACAUCUACCUGCAUACUGGGCCAAACAUUGUAUCAUAUUCUUCACUUCCUAAAUGAUGUCAAAUAGAGUCAUUAGAUGCUGAUCUAAUUGAAUAAUAUUUGGUGAAACUAUUCCUCCCUCAGUUAGUACAAAAACUCUGGGAAACAUUGUUGGAAUAAUCAAGCUUUUGAUCAAUGUAUAAUGUUGGCUUGAGAAAAAUUGUGAAAUUUCUGAACAAAAAAACCUAGUGUGUAAUUUGGUAUCUUAUAAGCACAUAAAGAUUUUUUCAUAACAAUAAAUUUAUUUCAUUGUGUCAUGUAAUAUGCUGUACAUUUAUACUUUUAAUCAUAAUAUAUUUUUAUGUACAAAGAAAGAACUUGGUAGUCAUAACAAUUUAUAAUAUUUAAAUGACUAUUUAAAUAAUAAAUAUGGGAAUAUUUUUUACAA